UGUAAUUUUUCCGCUUUACAAUUUUGCACCUUCUGGUCUAUUCUGGCCGUUAUAUUGAUCGAUGUCAGUGAAGAACGCUUGAACGCGAGUCAUUUUCUUCUUCUUCGUGGUUUAUUACGUGCUACAUGAUUCGCCGUUUCCCCCAAUCCUAUCCUGAAGCCUCACCAUUAGGGCUGCUUCGGGUUUCUCAAUUCCAAUUUCCAUUAUCUCCCAAUUUCUAGGGCUUUUUGGUCGUUGCCAGAUUCAUUCAUUCCUUCCUUCCAAUUUCUGUUGUCGUAAUAAUUUCCCCCAAAAUGUUCAACAAGAUCAUAAAGCUCGCCCACAAGAAAUGCUCCAAACUCGAAUUCCUCGAAAACGGACAGCAAUUCUACGAAGUAGUCAUCAAACAUGCGUCUCGUUCCGCCACCGCCACCCCCGCUACCGUCAAUUCCGAUUCUCAACACCCUCCACCGUCGUCGCUUCUUCCCAACCCAACCGCAAUUGAGUCACUACCGCCACUGCGAGACGUCGACGUUUCGGAACGCCCGGCUCUGUUCCUCCGCAAAAUCCAAGUGUGUUGCUUCUUGUGCGAUUUCUCAGAUGUCCUCAAGUACGUUUACGAGAAGGAAACUAAGCGCCAAACACUCGAGGAGCUCGUCGAAAUCAUCCAAUCAGGCUCCUUCGGAUUCACCGAAAAUCAAGAAGACUUGAUCAACAUGGUCUCCGUUAACAUUUUCCGUUGUUUCCCUCCAUCAUCUCUCAACACACAGAAUGUGGAUCCUGAAGACGAUGAAAAAUAUCAGGAACCAUCGUGGCCGCAUUUGCAGCUUGUGUAUGAAAUCCUUUUGCGUUACAUUGUGUCGCCCGAGACUGAUAUCAAGACUUCCAAGCGCUACAUUGACCACAUCUUUGUCUUGAAGCUCAUUGAGUUAUUUGACUCCGAGGACCAGCACGAGCGCGAGUAUUUGAAGACCAUUCUUCACCGCAUUUAUGGCAAGUUCAUGGUGCACAGGCCCUUCAUAAGGACAGCCAUCAACAAUGUGUUCUAUCGGUUUAUAUUUGAAACGCAGAGGCAUAAUGGUAUUGCCGAGUUGCUGGAGAUUCUGGGAAGUAUUAUCAAUGGCUUUGCAUUGCCAAUGAAAGAGGAGCACAAGCUGUUUUUCAUUCGGACUCUUAUACCGCUUCACAAACCAAAAACUUUUUCCUCUUAUAACCAACAACUGUCUUAUUGCGUGGUUCAGUUUGUUGAGAAAGACAACAGGCUGGCUGAUCCUGUGAUCAAGGGGAUGUUGAAGUACUGGCCUGUCACGAAUUACCAAAAGGAAGUGUUUUUUCUUGCAGAAUUGGAAGAGAUUAUUGAGGCAAUUCAAUAUCCUGAGUUUGUACAUUGCACAGUCUCUCUUUUUAGGCAGAUUGGACGCUGCCUUAACAGUCCUCACUUUCAGGUUGCUGAACGAGCACUUUACUUGUGGAAAAAUGAGCAGAUUAUAAGUAUAGUAUCCCAGAAUCGAAAUGUUAUAUUGCCAGUAAUCUUUGAAGCUCUGGAAAAUAACUUGAAAAGCCAUUGGAACCGAGCAGUGCUUGGGCUAACAGCCAAUGUGAGGAAGAUGUUUCUGGAGAUGGAUGCCGAAUUGUUUGAAGAGUGUCAAAAACAGUACUUAGAGAAGGAAGCCAGGGCUAGAGAGUUGGAAGAGAAGAGGGAGUUAACAUGGAAGAAAUUGGAGGCAGUGGCUGCACAAGCCGUGAGGGAUGACAUGGUUUUGGUUAAGUAAGUUGGUACUGCUUUUUUGGUGAACUAAUAUUCGGAGGAAGAAGAGAUUGUCUUAGCAAACAACACGAGUCUCAGGGAGCAUUUAUAAUUUUAAUGAAUCAUACCCCAGACGGUAAAUUCCGUUUGGUUUUCCUGUUUUGAAUCAAGUUAGUAGUUUGCAGACAAACUAGCAUGUAUAGUAGUAAUAUUUAACGUCCUAAUGAUCGGUCGAUAAUAACAUCUACGGAUUCUCACA